AUGCGUCUCUUUUUGAUCCCCAUCUCGACACGCCGGGCGUUAAUAUACUCUCGACCGCUACGUAAAGAUAUUCCGAAGGAGCUUUCAAUACUCGAUCGCGUGACCAGCAAGGCAGCUCAAACGUGGGCAAAAUGGGAAGAAGCUGAUGGGGGCUGGAAGAAGCGCCUGGUGACUUGGGGCAAUACGGUUCAGCAACGGAUUCCAUUUGAAGAAUGGGGACUCAAGAGUAUUCCGUCACUCAAAUCCCAGAAGCGAACCGAUGAGGCACACGGAACCAAGAAAAUCGACGUGCUGUACCCAGGAAACUCAUUGCGUUUGGAGAAACUGCCCGCUCUGUUGCGGACCAUAGCCACAGAACGGCAGGAAUUCCACCGGAAGAAGAUGCGAUGGAGUUUGGGGAUUGCCCCGUUCACAGCGCCUCUCGGCCUGAUUCCAAUCGUCCCAAAUAUUCCUUUCUUCUAUCUAGCAUACAGGGGUUGGUCCCAUUGGCGAGCAUUGAAUGGUUCGCAACACCUGGAAUUCCUGGUGGAGAAGAAUCUCCUCAAUCCUAUUUCCCUUCCCGAAUUGGAGCGACUAUAUGCCAAGCGUGCAUCAUACGCCCUUGAUGAUACCCCGAUUGAUACCCCUGCAAUUGAGAUGGUCGAGGACAUCGAGCAGAGUGACGAGAGAGUUCUCCUGAAGAUGCCCGAUGCCAAGAAGCUUGCAACGAUCUUGGAUGCGCCUGAGCUUGCUCUAGAGGCUGAGCGAGCCAUCGUCCAAGUGAGCGCACAGCUCAAAGCGCAUGCAGAGGAAGCGAAAGCGAAAGCACAAGCCAGCUCCGAUGAGAAAAAGAACGAUGAGAAAAAGAACUUAUAA